UUACAGGAUUCUGGUCCUCCCCUUUUUUGAGUGUACAUAUUGUAACAUACCUACUAUAUACUGUCUAACAAUGGACCGUUUUAAUGAUGUAUAACGAAAGAGAACGUUUGGAUGGUUCUUGGAAAACGCACGCGGUCACAGGACUCGGGAGACUUUGAGGCGGGGAGGAGUUACGGUGGUGUUGUUCGUUUUGAACUUUUUUUGUGUGUGUUGUUUCGUUCAACUCGAGAUACCGUUUCAGGCAAGACGACAGUAUAGGAAACAUGGUAGACUGGCAGGCUACUACAUCCAAGAUCUGUGAAACUUAAGUAGCGCGUAUGGUUACACGUGUCUGAGAACGGGACAUGAAGACCUUUAACGGUGACGGCAAUGUAAAUGGUGUGAUUUAUAGCCGACGCAUUGCACGCUUGAGUAUCUACAUUCUUAGUGCGAAGUCUCCCACCACCGAUUCAUUUGGUUAACGUCUCAUUUACUCUCCAGAAAACGGAUCUCUCCAGAUCAUUCUGGAUCUCUCUCUCCUCGCCUCCUAUAGUGGAUUUGGAUGUGGGAUAGUGAUCCCAGACUCCUGGACCACACACCUCCGGCCCUUCUUCAGCCAGCAGGAGUAUCUUCUAGUGCGACACCGUCAGCUGGUUCACAGUGGCUACUACUGGGGAUGGGGGAUCUAGUGGAGGGCUCUCUUCUGUAUGAUGGUCAGAGACACUCUGGCAGGAACCACAGUGGAACCAUCGCAGAACCACACGGCACCCACACAGAACCAGGACGGAAUCCAGCAGCUUCCAGGGGAAACCCUAGAACACGUAGAACAACAGAACCGUGUUCAAGAACAACAGAACCAACUCCUAGAACUUGAGAACUUCGAACUCUUAGGUCAAGAGAAUGAACUCUUAGAACAACAGAACCUAGAACAUCAGAUCCAACUCUUAGAACUAGAGAAUACGGUCCAGACCAGCACAGACAACCGGACCAAACCUCCAGACAAGACCAGUUCUGGCGGUGCCCUCCAUCCCUGGUGGCCUCAACAGAGCAGCUUUAAAGCGACUAGACCCAGUGUCCCUCUCCCCUGGCCAAGCCCCAGUGUCCCUCUCCCCUGGCCAAGCCCCACUGUCCCUCUCCCCUGGCCAAGCCCCAGUGUCCCUCUCUCCUGGCCAAGCCCUAGUGUCCCUCUACCCUGGCCAAGCCCCAGUGUCCCUCUCCCCUGGCCAAGCCCCAGUGUCCCUCCCCCCUGGCCAAGCCCCCGUGUCCCUCUCCCCUGCCUCGGACCUCUUCUCCACUUGCCCGAUCCGAUCCCAGACUCCAGGACCACACACCUCCGGCCCUUCUUCAGCCAGCAGGAGUAUCUUCUAGUGCGACACACACACCGUCAGCUGGUUCACAGUGGCUACUACUGGGGCCCUAUGGAGAUGGAGGAGGCCCACCGCACCCUGCAACUCACACCGCCUGGGAGCUUCCUCAUCAGGGACAGCAGUCAGCCGGACGUCUUCUUCACCCUCAGUUACCACGGCGACCGGGGGCCCGUCAGUGUCCGCGUCCUCCUGACCAGUCAGAGUUUCCGCCUCAACGGCAGUAACAAGGCCUUUGAUUCGUUGUUCGCCUUGCUGCGGUUCUACGUGGAGUCGUCCCAUAGGCGGCUGCGGAGGGCGUGGCGCAGGGAGCGACCCAUGACCUUACAGCAGCUGUGUAGGGGACGGAUCGUGGAGUUGUACGGAGCAGAGAGGAUAGAUUCACUACCUGGGCUUAACCAGGUGGUCAUACAGUAUCUACAGGACUAUCCUUAUAGUAUAUAGACACACCCUCCUACCGGAGAGUUUGGGGCACCACUUCCGUUUCAACAGACUGAAACUUUCUGAACGGUACUGACCCGAAACUACAAUGGAGUGGAGCCCCAGAAAACAGAAUUGGAAUUUGCUGUUUUUUACACUCUCUGUCUCUGGUCUGGUUCUGUGGUUCUGUCUCUGGUCUGGUUCUGUGGUCCUGUCUCUGGUCUGGUUCUGUGGUUCUGUCUCUGGUCUGGUUCUGUCUCUGGUCUGUGGUUCUUAUCUGUGUGGUUCUGUCUCUGGUCUGGUUCUGUGGUUCUGUCUCUGGCCUGGUUCUGUGGUUCUGUCUCUGUUCUGUGGUUCUGUCUCUGUUCUGUGGUUCUGUCUCUGGUCUGUGGUUCUGUCUCUGUUCUGUGGUUCUGUCUCUGGUCUGGUUCUGUGGUUCUGUCUCUGGUCUGGUUCUGUGGUCCUGUCUCUGGUCUGUUUCUGUGGUUCUGUCUCUGGUCUGGUUCUGUGGUUCUGUCUCUGGUCUGUGGUUCUUAUCUGUGUGGUUCUGUGGUUCUGUCUCUGGCCUGGUUCUGUGGUUCUGUCUCUGUUCUGUGGUUCUGUCUCUGUUCUGUGGUUCUGUCUCUGGUCUGUGGUUCUGUCUCUGUUCUGUGGUUCUGUCUCUGGUCUGGUUCUGUGGUUCUGUCUCUGGUCUGUGGUUCUGUCUCUGGUCUGUGGUUCUUAUCUGUGUAGUUCUGUCUCUUGUCUGGUUCUGUGGUUCUGGUCUCUCUGUGAUUCUGUCUCUUGGGCCAGUUCUAGGCUGGUCAUGUCAUGUACUGUAGUUCUGAUCUGUGGUUCUGAAGGUUCAGUGGGUUGGUUUCCCAAACCUUAUUCUAAAAUGUAUUUAAAAAAAAGGUUUCCCUCAUCAAUCUACACACAAUACCCCACAAUGACAUCACAAUACCCCCACAAUGACAUCACAAUACCCCCAUAAUGACAUCACAAUACCCCCAUAAUGACAUCACAAUACCCCCAUAAUGACAAAGCGAAAACAGGCUUUUAGAAUUUUGGGCAAAAAAAUAAAACAGAUACCUUAUUUACAUAAGUAUUCAGACCCUUUACUAUGAGACUUGAAAUUGAGCUCAGGUGCAUCCUGUUUACAUUGAUAUCAUCCUUGAGAUGUUUCUACGACUUGAUUGGAGUCCGCCUGUGGUAAAUUCAAUAGAUUGGAUAUGAUAUGGAAAGGCAUACACCUGUCCCACAGUUUGACAGUGCACGUCAGACCCGAAAACCAAGCCAUGACUUGUCCGUAGAGCUCCGAGACGACAGGAUUUUUGUCAAGGCACAGAUCUGGGGAAGGGUACCAAAAGGGUUGACAGUUGUCCCAACAGUUGACAGUGCCCGAAAACCAAGCCAUGAGGUCGAAGGACUUGUCCGUAGAGCUCCGCGACGACAGGAUUUUUGUCAAGGCACAGAUCUGGGGAAGGGAACCAAGACAUGUGUCCGCAGCAUUGAAGAACACAGUGGUCUUAUUGAGUCUUUACUAGCGACAUGCUACAUGCUAUUGAGUCUUUACUAACGACAUGCUACAUGCUAUUGAGUCUUUACUAACGACAUGCUACAUGCUAUUGAGUGUUUACUAACGACAUGCUACAUGCUAUUGAGUCUUUACUAGCGACAUGCUACAUGCAUUUGAGUCUUUACUAACGACAUGCUACAUGCUAUUGAGUCUUUACUAGUAACAUGCUACAUGCUAUUGAGUCUUUACUAGCGACAUGCUACAUGCUAUUGAGUCUUUACUAGCGACAUGCUACAUGCUAUUGAGUCUUUACUAGCGACAUGCUACAUGCUAUUGAGUCUUUACUAACGACAUGCUACAUGCUAUUGAGUCUUUACUAACGACAUGCUACAUGUUUUUGAGUCUUUACUAGCGACAUGCUACAUGCUAUUGAGUCUUUACUAACGACAUGCUACAUGCUAUUGAGUCUUUACUAGCGACAUGCUACAUGCUAUUGAGUCUUUACUAACGACAUGCUACAUGCUUUUGAGUCUUUACUAGCGACAUGCUACAUGCUAUUGAGUCUUUACUAACGACAUGCUACAUGCUAUUGAGUCUUUACUAGCGACAUGCUACAUGCUAUUGAGUCUUUACUAGCGACAUGCUACAUGCAUUAAUACAUUAUAUAAUUUAUUUAUUUAUUUUAUAAUUUAUUAAUACUUAUACAUUAAUGGAAGCCUGUACAACUAAAUCCAGGUAGAAUCAGGAAUUCCACAGGGCAGCUGUUUGGCACCUACUUUUUUCAAUCUUUACCAACAACAUGCCAAUGACAUUUGAGUAAAGCCAGUGAGUCUAUGUAUGCGGAUGACUCAACACCGUACACGUCAGCUACUACAGCGACUGAAAUGACUGCAACACUUAACAUAGAGCUGCAGUUAGUUUCAGAAUGGGUGUCAAGGAAUAAGUUAGUCCUAAAUAUUUCCAAAACUUAAAAGCGUUUUUAUUUUGGACAAAUCAUUCACUAAACCCUUAAACCUCAACUACCUCUCGUAAUGAGUAAUGUGUAAUGAGCAAUGAGCAAUGAGUAAUGUGGAAAUUGAGCAAGUUGAGCUGACUAAACUGCUUGUAAGCAGGGGCGUGAAACUGAAACAGUAAUUCAGGCCACUUUAAUAAUGUUUACAUAUCAUUACAUUACUCCUCUAUCACAUGUAGCACAUGAUAUAUACUGCAUUUUAUACCACCGUCAGCCUGACAUCUUGUCAAUUAUAUCAUCUUUGUCAAGUCAGGAAGUAAUUACCGCCUGUUGAGGAAGAUUCAUAGCAUAGCAGAGUAACCAGGAAGUAAUUACCACUAGGAAACCAGUAGGCGGCGCAGUAACUCACUGCUCUCUGACAUCUUGUCAAUGAUAUCAUCUUUGUCAAGUCAGGAAGUAAUUACCGCCUGUUGAGGAAGAGUCAUAGCAUAGCAGAGCAACCAGGAAGUAAUUACCACUAGGAAACCAGUAGGCGGCGCAGUAACUCACUGCUCUCUGACAUCUUGUCAAUGAUAUCAUCUUUGUCAAGUCAGGAAGUAAUUACCGCCUGUUGAGGAAGAUUCAUAGCAUAGCAGAGUAACCAGGAAGUAAUUACCACUAGGAAACCAGUAGGCGGCGCAGUAACUCACUGCUCUCUGACAUCUUGUCAAUGAUAUCAUCUUUGUCAAGUCAGGAAGUAAUUACCGCCUGUUGAGGAAGAGUCAUAGCAUAGCAGAGUAACCAGGAA